AUGGAUGUCUGUAAACUGUCCGGAUUAUGGCUAUUGUGUGUCUUGAUGACGACGGAUGUUUUAGGAAAACCCAAAUCUGGCCCAAGAGGCUAUCGGUGGAGUGAAUGGCAGUCGUGUACCACAGGGUGUUCCAGUUCCAACAUGAGAUUCCGUACAUGUGAAUACCAAAACAACAACGGUGUUUCAAAGUGCACUCCGAAUGUUGUUGUUAAAGAGAUCGACCCUGAUGCCCCUGCUCCUGCCCCUGCUCCUGCCCCAGCAGUAGAUCCCACUACCACAACAGAAAGUGCACCAGCUGUCCAUACCACUACCACAACAGAAAGUGUACCAGCUGUCCAUACCACUACCACAACAGAAAGUGUACCAGCUGUCCAUACCACUACCACAACAGAAAGUGUACCAGCUGUCCAUACCACUACCACAACAGAAAGUGUACCAGCUGUCCAUACCACUACCACAACAGAAAGUGUACCAGCUGUGCAUACCACUACCGCAACAGAAAGUGUAUCAGCUGUUCAUACCACUACCACAACAGAAAGUGUACCAGCUGUGCAUACCACUACCACAACAGAAAGUGUACCAGCUGUCCAUACCACUACCACAACAGAAAGUGUACCAGCUGUCCAUACCACUACCACAACAGAAAGUGUACCAGCUGUCCAUACCACUACCACAACAGAAAGUGUACCAGCUGUCCAUACCACUACCAUAACAGAAAGUGUACCAGCUGUGCAUACCACUACCACAACAGAAAAUGUUUCAGGUGUCCAUACCGAUACCAACAUUUUCCCGACAGCUCAAAGCAGAUAUACAACGUAUAGUUCCAUCCCCACAGCAGGCGAUACAAGUUGUAUAUGUGAAUGCAAUGGUACCACCAAGUGGUCGGUCGGUGGUCUGAACCUGACGAAUGAUGAAGCUAAACAGCUAAUUGCUGAACUACAACAGAAGUUGGCCGUGAACGUCUCCACGUUGUCGUCCACGAUUCGGAAGAAAAUCAGUGCAUCAGACAGUCGUACGUCCUCAGCCGCCAUGGGUUAUACCGCAGCGAUAGUGUUGGCGUCGGUAGUGAUCCUUAUUGUCGGCAGUGACGUCAUCGUCCUUUUUGCUAGAUUAAGAAAAUAG